UGUUCGGGAUCAUGAGAGGAGAAGAGGAGUGAGACCACCGCCGCGGGUGGGCUUCAUUCACCUGGUCCGUGUGUGACGCAGCGAGUGCGGUGGGCUGUGGACGGAGACGUGCUGUGAGUAGAUGGACGCUGGUCUGGGAAGUUCGAGCGACCUCCAGUCUCAGGUUGAAGAGAUUGAAGCUCUUUCCGCCAUAUACGGUGACGAAUGGUGUGUGAUUGACGAGGCAUCAAGAAUAUUCUGCAUCAAAAUAUCAGACGACACUUGUGAGCCCAAGUGGUCUGUGUGUCUGCAGAUCAUGCUCCCAGAAGACUACCCGAGCUCUGCACCUCCAAUAUACCAAAUAAAUGCAGGAUGGCUUAGAGGACCCGACAGAAUCAAACUCUCAAACAGCCUAGAGGAGCUGUAUCUGGAAAAUGUCGGAGAGAGCAUCCUUUACCUCUGGGUGGAGAAAAUCCGAGAAUUCCUGAUAGAAAGGCCUCAGUGUGCAAACACAGUGGAAGGACCAGAAACGGGCAGAGCAGUGACAACUGAGGAAGAGGAUGAAGACUGGGAUGAAGGCAGUAUCCCAGACUACGGCGCUCUUAAGCUCACCACAGAGCAGGCACACCUGUUCUCCAGCUCAUCAGCAGACGAGGAGUUACCGCCGAUUAAACACGGCGAAGCCGUCACAGACAGACGCAGUACCUUCCAGUCUCAUUUAGCCCCCGUAGUGACACCCAAACAGGUUCAGAGGGUGAUAGACAAACUAUAUGAAAAUAAGAAAAUUGCGAGUGCCACUCACAACAUCUACGCGUACAGGAUAUACUGCGAAGACAAAAACACGUUCCUUCAGGACUGUGAGGAUGAUGGAGAGACGGCUGCUGGUGGGAGGCUGCUCCAUCUCCUGCAGAUUCUGGAUGUGCGGAAUGUGCUUGUGGUGGUAUCACGAUGGUACGGUGGGAUCCUCCUCGGCCCUGACCGCUUCAAACACAUCAACAACUGUGCCAGGAAUAUCCUCGUCCAGGAGGGCUACACGGAAACGAUGGAUGAAGCAUCAAGAACAGGGGGAAAGAGCAGAAAGCCCAAAAGCAAGAAGAUGAAGUGAAGCCGCGUUUCUCAGUGUUUUAUUCCCUCUGCAGCGAGGAGUCUCCCAGGAUAAAAUGUCAACAGGCGGGAUUUUGGUGGAUGUGAAGGUAAAGCUUUACCACGCGGGACGAAAUGUGCCUAUUGCCUAGCGACAACAAGGACCUCGACACUGUUUACAAUUUUAAUAAAGAUCAAAGAAGAGGCUAAAAAUGGAAGCGUGUUGUGAAUGUGACAGUUUUUUUGAAACAUUAAAAAAAGCCAAACGUUCUUCCUACAA